CAACAUUAAUAGUAACAGACGAAAGUUUUCAUUUUUCGAUGAGCACAUUUUUAAUCUAACAAAUUUUGAAUGCCGCUGGGAAAAUGAAAGAAAGACGAAAUGAAGUGCAGAAAGUGCAGAAGCUGGGGGACGAACGGAUGCUGCCGCGACAGGACUUGGCGGGGAGAGAGAAUGAUAGGUGAUGAAUCAAGCAGCACGCUGAUAAUGCGCGGAUAUCACACGGGCACGAUCCGUGUGUGCCACUGUGAUCGCCGCGUGUCGUCGCCCGUCGGCCGUCGUUUCUCCCAUCCCGCUCGUGAGAUCCAUCCCUCGGUGACUCCACGGGCGCGUGUAACACCCGGAGUGUCGGAACUACGAACCGCGAACGAAGACUGCGAAUAUAAUAAUCUUUUCUUCAAAACGAGUAAUAAGUGCAGCAUCGCGUGCGAGAUACAUCGUGCGGUCGAUUGCCGUGACGUCACGGGAGAUCGCGUUAUUGGUUUACGUAGUAGGACGGCACGGAUUUCAAAUACUCACUUGCGCCCUCGAGACUAUUGCCCUCCUGUCCUCCCCUGCAGGGAGGGAUCUUGGAACUUGGCGGUGUGACGUAGCACUUUUGAAUGACGUUAUACUGAGCACGUCAUAGUAUCGUUACUCAAUCACACAUGGAGAACUACACGUCUGACUCCAGUGACUCAGAUUCUAGCUUGCGGACGCUAGAUCUGUCAUAUCUAUUACUGGAUGACAGGGUGCUGGACAAGCAGUUCCUCAAUACGAAAUCGCCGGAGGACGUGGAGAAUCUGUUACUGAGCCAGAACCGCCUCACGAUUCUACCGGCUAGCAUCAACAGAUUCGUCAGCUUGAGCACUCUGGACAUCACCAACUGCAACCUGAACAGGUUGCCAGACUUCUGGUCGGACUGCCCUCUGACCCGCCUGAUUGCCAAACACAACAAUCUGACUAAUGACGGGCUGGUUAAGUGCUUUGAGAAUCUGACCAAUUUGAAGGAACUCAAUCUGAGCGGCAACAGACUCGUGGACUUUCCUGAUCAGAUACUCGACUUGGCUGCCUUGAAGUACCUUUACCUAGGUGGUAAUCACAUUAGUGAGCUUACUAAGGACAUCUGGAAGCUGCAAAAAUUACGAGUUUUGUCGAUGGGAGGCAACAGAUUGACGGAAGUACCGUGCACCCUUGGUCAACUGAAGAGCCUACAGGCCCUCAUCCUUUGCGACAACAUGCUGGAGAGCCUGCCCAGCUCGAUAGCCAAUUUGACGAACCUGAAAACUCUGUCGCUUCAUAAAAACAGAUUACGGACACUGCCUACUGAGAUAAUAACGUUAAACUGCCUGACAGAGUUGUCUCUACGGGACAAUCCGUUAGUGGUCAGAUUCGUGUCCGACAUGACGCACAAUCCACCGUCGUUGCUGGAGCUGGCGGGGCGCGUUGUCAAAACCAGCGACAUCCGCUACGACGAGCAGAGCAUACCGCGCAAUUUGGUGCAGUAUCUCAAUAGCGGCCACCGCUGUGUAAAUCCCAAGUGCAAAGGUGUCUUCUUCAACAAUCGCGUCGAGCACAUCAAGUUCGUCGACUUCUGCGGCAAGUACCGUUUACCACUGUUGCAGUACUUGUGCAGCAGCAAGUGCAUCGAGCCGCGCGAUAGCGAUGAAGAACUCGUGAGCGGUGCCAUGAUCCGGAAGGUCCUCCUCGGUUGAUGACGUCUGAAAAUAUAUCUUACGAUCGCGAUUCUACAUAUUAUAAAUUGUCUUUAAAUUGGGCACGACCGACACAUUGUGAGAGUGGAGAAUAUCCUUAUCGACGCGGAUGUCGUAAUAUCAAAAAUAUUAUAACAUCCGCGUCGAUAAGGAUAUUCUCCACUCACAAUGUGUCGGUCGUGCUGAAUUUAAAGGCAAUUUAUAAUGUAGAGGAUCGAGAUUGCAAGAUUCCAUAGGGUACCGUAGACCUAAUACUGUGAAGUAUUACACAGGUUUGAUUGUAUAAUGGAUCUGUCGAGAUAUUGUGAUAUAUCUUACACGCUUGUGUGUCUCUUCUUUAUGUUUUUCUUUAUGUUUUAAAUAUGUAAUGAAUGUUGUACGUCAAAUGUAAAUCCAUGAAAUAUAUAUAAUAAAUUCAAUUUUUCCUGU